AUGUCGGGUUCAGACGGAAAAGUCGGUGGACAUGGAAACAACCUUCCAAUAUCAGAAAACAAUCCCGGUCCUCCUGCGUAUGAGAAAUCCUCUAGCACACGGUCUAGUCGUGACGCGCCAGGUUACCGCUGGUCCGAGGACGAGGAGGAACUAAUCGCUAAGGCGAGAUACGAGUUAAGAGGCGAUUAUAAGGAGCUCGUAGGGAAGCAGGGCUCCAGUUUCUGGCUGAAAGUGUGGGCUCAGGUGAAAUCUUGGGAUCCUGCCUGGGAUCGACCCGUCGACGCGGUGAAGGUUAAAAUCCACCGCCUGGAGCGCAAGUAUCGGGAUAUUCUCGAGCAGGAAGCGCAACCUGGUGCCGUUGCCGUUCAGAAGCCGCUGUGGUGGAAAUGGCUGAGUCUUUACAUGGAGGAGAAGAUGGAGGAGGAGAGGCAAGCGGCGAGAGAAGCAUGGAGAGACGGUGGACGAACGGAUGGCUCGGAUCAGCAAACGCUUCCGUCGUCUUUCAGACCGUUUUCGCAGACGGUCGGACCGAUUCAGCCGGCGUAUCCUCCCCCACCGGAAAGCCCGUCUGACGGACUGGACGGAUCGCAAUUACAGCAACUUGACAGAACGCCGUCAGCGAAACGGAAGAGAGAUUCGGAGGCAGCUUUGGCGGCUGAAGACUCGCUGGAACAAGAUACGGAAUUAAACGUGAAGAAGAAGAAGGGGUCACGCAAGAAAGGGGGAUUGAAAGAUGGGGACCUGUCAGGAGGAGCAGCAGGUGCAGCAGCAGACGCGAAUGGGGAUGGCGGUGCCCCGGCGAAAGAAGCUUCGACAAAAGAUUACGAGCGGUGGAGCGAGCGCGAGCAGGUUUUAGUAGCCCGCGCGCGGUUCGAACUCCACGACGAGUAUAAGAAGCGGCCAGCUGGGCAGCAAGGGAGCUUCUACGGACGGCUGAAAGAAUACAUUAGGUCGACUAAGGAGCCGUCGUUCGACCGGCCGUUCGAGGCGAUUAAGUUGAAACUGCACCGAAUGGAGCGGAAGUAUAGGGUUAUUAAGGAGCGUGUAAGGGAGCGCGAGCCGGGCGACGCGUCGGCGGAGAACGGGGAAGGAGCAAACGCGCACCUGGUGCUGAAGCCCAAGUGGUUCAAGUGGAUCGACCGUUACUUGAGCGAGUCGCUCGGUUGUUUUCCCUGCGCCGAAAGCCUUCUCCCAGACAGCCCUAGCCCCCCCUCCUCCCCUCGCGACAGCCCUUCGCGAAGCGACGCGCCUGGCGAAGGGCUCGUCCGCAGACAGUCCGUCGCAGACGGUACGGGCUGGAAAACGACAAAAGGGGCGGGCGGGAGCAAUUCCAUGCUGCUGCCGCCUAGCGCGUCGGUGAACAGCCAGCCGAAUGCGACGGGCGCGGGCGGUGCGAGUGGGGCGGGCGGUGAGAACGCGAUGCGAAGCGAGGCUGCGAACGGCGCUGCGAACAGCUCUGCGACUGGGCUGGUCGGCAUCGUCAAUCCCGGCGCCAUGCCGCCUCCCCCGCACAUCCUCACAUCCCCUCCAGGCUUCUUACCGCCUCCGCCCCCCGGCUUCUUCCCCCCCGGCACUUUCUUCGCGCCAGGUGUCUUCCCCCACAGCUUCUCCGCCACCUCCUCCAGCUUCCGCCCGCCCGCUCCCCCCGGGGUGGCGCCUCCGGGAGGCGUUUCCGCUGCCCUGCUCUCCCCCCAGGGCGCAGGACCUCCGGGGAAUCUGGGCACGGGUGGCGGCAGUGGCGGCGGCGGCGGAGCUGGUGGUGGAAACGGGGGCGGCGGAGCAGCGGGCGCGGCUGUCCCGCAAGGAGGGUUCUGGGGGCAGCUGGUGAGUCCGGCAGGGGACGGCAGCAUGGGGCAGGACGGCUUUCCCACCCCGGGGAACAUACCAGGGGGGAUGCCUUUCCCAGGUAGUGCAUUCGGCGGGCAGGCCAGCACGAAUGGAGGGAGCUUGGCAGGUGUUACGACUGGUGGUGGUGGGGGCGGUAUAAGUAGCAGUGCAUUGGAGCAGAAGCUGGACGAGGUGAUUCGAGUGGUGAGGGAGAGCAACGAGGAGUGGCAGAAGCGGUUUGUGGAGGAGCAGGAGAAGAACCUGUCGCCUCGGCGAGUUCAACGUGCCGUCACUGCGGCAGGCAUGCUCAGCUUGAGGUGGCUGUGA